AUGUCUAAGGUAGUAAUUGAAGUGAAGACAGCUAGACUCUACAGAGAUACUGAUACAUGGAGUAAGAUGGAUCCUUAUGUAGUACUAAUCAGUGGAAGUGAGAAAAAGAAGACUAAAACUCAUAGCGGAGGGGGGAAAAAUCCUAUCUGGAACCAAUCCUUAACUAUGAAGUAUGUUGAUACAACUAUGACCUUACAAGUUUGGGACAAAGAUACUACAUCAGAUGACUUUGUUGGAGGUGGAGCAAUAGAUCUUGCUAGUGCAGCAUCUAUGGGAGGACUGAAGGACUGGGUACCCGUCCAAUAUAAAGGAAAAGAUGCUGGACAGGUCUAUAUAGAGAUUUCCUUCACUGCAACAACUGCUCCGGCAGCAAGUACGUAUGGUGGAUAUGCUUCUUAUGCUCCAGCUACAACUCCUCCUACUUCGUAUUAUGCAGCACCAGCACCUGCACCAUCAUAUGCUCCAGCUGGGUAUGCUGCUACAGCUCCAGGGGUAUAUGCUCCAGCCCCUGCACCUGCUUAUCCUACAGCUACCGCACCUGCAUAUCCAACAGCUCCUGCUUAUGCUGCUCCAACAUAUAUAGGAAGUACUCCAGCUGCAACAUAUACUCCUCCUGCAUCAGCUCCUGGCUAUGCACCUGCUCAUGGCUAUGCACCUGCUCCAACUGCUGGAACGACAUAUGCAGCUCCUGGUACUACUUAUGCAGCACCUGGCACUACUUAUGCAGCACCUGGUACUACUUAUGCAGCACCUGCUCCAGCUCCAGCACCAGCCCCUGCACCAGCACCAGCUUACUAUCCACCAGGGUCAGGAUAUAGCUACCAGUAG